GAUGCCACAGUGACAGGUGGGGAUAACUCUCUUACCUCAGAGGAGACAACUCUUGCCUUGUGUAAUGGAGAGGUAGGAAUCGAGGCAAAUGUUAGUCACACCGUUGUGGGAGAUAAAACUUCCAGCUUCACAAAUGAACAUUUUGAAGCUGGACCCUUGGUAAGUUCUACAGCUCUGUCUGGCAUGCGGGAUUAUAUUCUUGAACAGUUACGGACAACUGAACAGCAGCAUGAGGUCAAAGUUCAAACUCUUGCUAAG